AUGGAUGAAGCCCAGAGAGCCCAGUGGGUGUUAUCUAUGCCGGCGUGUGCAGAGUACAAUUCAGCAAUGCAAAACAUAACUGGAGUGAUCACUCGGUCAGAUGAUCAGCACAAGGAAACGUCAAAAGGCCGGAUGGCGAGAGAUUUCAAGGACACCCAGACUAUCAUUGACUUCCUCAAAGAACGAAAUCCAUUUGCAGAAGAUCUUUCUUUACGGAAUAUCGUCACUGGAGAGGUUGCAGAUGAUACAGCAAAUGCAGACAAAGCGUUAGAAAUUGGGCAGAAGAUCCUGAAGAAGAUGGUGGACCAACCUGUUACUGAAUUUUCCUUCAAAAGAUCAGAACAAGUAAUCACAGUUGGAACAAAACCCAAUUCGAAAUCUGGAUUUGAUCAUGAUCAUAUUGAUGUGGAUCCCCAAUUGAUGUUCCAGCGUCUUAUAACAGCUGCAAAUGGUCUGUUUGAGAACACGUCGGAUGUUUUCAAGCAUGAAUUAUCCAGUUUCCCAUCAUCGUUAUUUGACAACAACGGAUUGCCACGAGAGAGUUGCAAGUCACCACUCGCAGAUGCAAUAUGGUCUCUCGGCACUUGUGAAGCUGACAACACCCUUGAUGAAAACGUGCAGCAUGUGGUAGAUGGAGGCUCCCUUUCUACAAAGAAUACCCUGGCGAUCUGA